AAGGGGUUUGUGGGUGCAACUCAGUCACGCUGUUGUUUGUAGUGGAUGUGCUGCAGAAAAGUUGUGAUAUCUAUUCGCUGCAUUAAAUAGUCCCGCUGCUCUUUAACUGAAUUGGAGAUGUCUCAGGACAGUCAACAUGGCAAGUGGACCAUCUCCAGUAGUGAUGAUGAUGAUGAGGAGGAAGAUCUUCCUCUCUCUGGAACUACAACAACCCAGUCCCGUCUGCCAGCGGAAUCCGGUGUCAGGUCCCCCUCUCCAGUCCAGGUGUCAGCUCCUGUGGAGGUAAAAGUAGAACCACUUUCUGCAGCAGCUCCACUCACACUGGGUUCUGAAGCAAGACGGUCGGCUGCAAAGAACCAGUUAAAUCCGGUGAAGUGUGAGCGAAGCCCCUCGCUGGCGGGAAAGAGGAAGAGCGAUGCCUCAGAGGGCACAGGCUGGGCCCUGUCGGACAGUGAUGACGAUGACAAAGAUGUGAAGGACAACAGUCAGAGUCAUUUGCCAAAGAAAGCACCUCCCAGCCCCAAAACAAAGAAACCAAAAGUGAAAGAAGAGCGUCCACCGAGCCCCCAUGGACGACUCUACUAUAUCGACGAGCCGGAGGACUUCUUUGAAUCCAACAUUCCCUGUCUUAAUGACACUUACAGGUUCUACCUCAACAAAGUCACAGGCUUGGACAAAAAGUACAACACGGGGGCGCUGCACAUCAGGGACAUUCUCUCCCCCUUAUUUGGAACCCUGAAAGAGUCGGUUCAGUUUAACUACUGCUUUGACAUUCCAUGGAUGGUUCAGCAAUACCCACCGGAGUUUCGAGAUCGUCCGGUUCUGAUCGUACAUGGAGAUAAGAGGGAGGCGAAAGCACGGCUUCUCCAGCAGGCUCAAGCCUUUCCUCAUGUUCGCUUCUGUCAGGCCAAACUGGACAUCGCUUUUGGAACUCACCACACGAAGAUGAUGUUGUUGUGGUACGAAGAAGGCUUCAGAGUCAUCAUCCUCACAUCAAACCUUAUCAGAGCCGACUGGUAUCAAAAGACACAGGGGAUGUGGAUGAGUCCUCUGUUUCCAAGGCUACCAGCGGGCAGCGGUUGGAGUGCAGGCGAGUCGCCCACCUUUUUCAAAAGGGACCUCCUGGACUACCUGACUUCAUACCGGGCCCCAGAACUGGAGGAGUGGAUCCAGCGCAUCAAAGAGCACGACCUGUCAGAGACGAGGGUGUAUUUGGUCGGCUCCACUCCAGGGAGGUUUGUGGGUCCAGACAUGGAGCGCUGGGGACAUCUAAGGCUGAGGAAGCUGUUGUACGAGCACACAAAUCCGAUUCCCGGCGAGGAAAAGUGGCCCGUGAUCGGUCAGUUUUCCAGCAUCGGCUCGAUGGGACUGGAUAAAACCAAGUGGUUAGCGGGGGAGUUCCAGCGCACAAUGACAACUUUAGGGAAAUCCUCCUCACGCCCUGACCCUCCUGUGCUGUUGCUCUAUCCAGCUGUGGAAGAUGUGAGAAUGAGUCUGGAAGGAUAUCCAGCUGGAGGCUCUCUUCCUUACAGCAUCCAGACGGCUCAGAAACAGCUCUGGCUUCACGGCUACUUCCAUCGCUGGAAGGCGAAUGCAACAGGGAGAAGUCACGCCAUGCCUCACAUCAAGACAUACAUGAGGGUUUCUCCAGAUUUCACAGAGCUCGCCUGGUUCCUCGUCACGAGUGCAAACCUUUCCAAAGCAGCGUGGGGUGCCUUGGAGAAGAACAACUCCCAGGUGAUGGUGCGUUCGUAUGAGCUGGGAGUCCUCUAUGUGCCAUCAGCCUUUAACUUGAAGACAUUCCCCGUUGAUAAGAGUGCAUUCCCAGUCUCCUCGUCCUCGUCUGGGUUCCUCGUGCCUUUCGACCUCCCACCUACACCUUAUGCUGCUAAAGAUCAACCAUGGAUCUGGAAUAUUCCAUACAGCCAGGAGCCCGACACCCACGGCAACAUCUGGAUUCCCUCCUGAAUGUGUCCAUCACUGAACUGUACUGUGUGUAGCUGCUUGUUCAAAAAUCCUGUUUUUUUUUUGUUUGUUUUUUACUUUAGUGUAGUCUCACAUUUUCUAAAUAAAAAAUAAAAAGGCAAUACCAUGUUAAUGUUGAAAAUGUUUUUAUUUCUCCGUGACGUUUUUAUUAUUUAAAAGUGUCAACGAGCGCGUAUCAAACUCCACUCCAGUGUUGAAUUUGUAGCAUUUAACCAAAUAAAUAAGUUAGAGUUAAAUAGCAACCUAAAGAAAAAGUGUAUGACUUUAAUAAAACGUAAUGUAUGUGUGUUUAUUUUCGGGAGGUAAACAGAUCCCAGAAGAGUGAAUUACACUUUCCAUUUUGUUUCAUGACGCUGAUUAAAGUAGACAAAACACCUCAUUUUACUUCUGUACAAGGCUGAUUGUUAUGGUGUCUCGACUGUUUUAUUUGCUUAAAGAAAAACUGUUGGAGCAAUAUAACAACUAAAUUGAAAGCUGGUGUACAUUUAUUUUCUGUGUUCCAGUGGCAUUAAGCAGCAAAACCUAAAUGUAACUUCCUAGAGA